AUGGCUGCGCUGCUGGCAGCGGCUCAAGCGCUGCUGCUGCUCCUGGGGCUGCCCGGGCGCUCCCAGUGCCUCUGCUCACCCACUGCCUUCUACAAGAACUGCUGGAUCCGGCGCUUCCCGGGGCUCCUGCCGGACCUGCGGGAAUCGCGGCGGAGGGGAGCGCAGCUGCUGCAGGGCUAUGCAGAAACCUCCCCCCAGCAGUGCAGCAGGAGCUGCUGCCUUCUGAGGAACGUCUCCUGCAAUCUAGCAGUGUUCUACCAUGGAGCCAUUCAUAGGAACAGGAACUGCCUGCACAUGUCAUGCCCAGCUUUGGAAAGCUGCAUUCUAAAGGCUGGAGUUGAUGUCAUUUUGUACAACAUCACAACAGGGAUUGAUCCAGAUCUUCUCAUUUUUGAGAAACUGAAAUCCCAAGAGCCAAAUGCUUACUCCUCAGCAAGUAAAUCUGAGAGGCAGCACAGCCCAAAGACCCCUGAGGGGGGAAGAUGCCAACAUCACAAUGCCACCACGUCAGGUUCUCCUCUGCUCCGAGCUCCACCUGCUGCCAUGAGCCAUGGCUUACCAGCAAACACUGCCAGCCCCAGCUGGAGUCUGACAGUGCAGAGAACUGCAGAAGGUACUGCCUAUUCCAGGGCAGACACUUCCCCAGCAGCCACUGAUUUUGCUAAAAGGACAAGCAGCAGGUCGGUCAUCACCAGCUCAGACAAGAUUGUACACUCAGCUUUGAGCCCCAGGCCUGCCCAGGUGUUAUCCCACGCGCCCACCCCUCCUCACCUGAACAGCAGCAAGCAACACCUCAAUGAAACCAAAGGCUACAGUGGGAGGAAUUCCACAUCAGACAACGAGGCAGCUGCCUGGGAAGCUGCAGCUUUGGGGGUCUGGCUGAUUCCUGUUGUCCUUUGCUCCUCUCUCCUCUGCCUGUGCUGUUGCACUGUUGCCCUCACAGCCAGGCGCUGCAGCUACAGGAGGGGUCACUAUAAACCUGUAAGGACAAGAACAACCAUGUCCAGACUGCUCAUAAAACAUGCUCCUGUCAGAGGUAAUCUGUGA